AUGGGCAUCGAUCUGGGAUCAAACAGCGCAGCAACCACGAAGCAACGGGCGGUGGCAAAGUCGACACCUGCCGACAGUGCAGCAGCCGAACCCAAAGUGAAGCCGUCUCCUCCGAAACAGUCCAUCGUGUCUGUCAUUACAGGAGACGCGUCCCUGCUGAUGGCGGCUUCUGGUAUUUGCACUAUGGUGGUGUCGGGUAUUGUGUCAAUUGCGAUGGUGGCGCUGGAUGACAACCUGUCGUCGGUGGGCGAGUUGCGAUUGUUCUCGCCCUCCAUGGUUACAGGUUCCGUCCUCUUUACAGAGUAUGUUGCUGUGAAGUGGGUGUGA